AUGACAGAGGAGUUGAGAACUAUUGUCUUUAAUUCCCAGGGCAGAAGGAUGCCAAAUUUUUCUUUUUCAACGGCCCAUAAUUUCCUCCGAUUCACCCCUGAAUCUUUGGAUGCAGUUAGAAAGAGAAUUGCCGAGAAGAAAGCCAAUCGCUCCAAAGCCUCGGAAAAGGACAAUAAUGAAACAGAAGAAGAAAAUAUUCAACCACAGCUCGAUCUGAAAGUUUUAAAAAAGCUGCCUAUUCUUUAUGGGAAGCCUCCUCCUUGGCUCAUCGGAGAACCGUUGGAAGAUGUUGACGCCUAUUACAGGGAUCAUGAGACUUUUAUGGUGCUAUCAUCCCGAAGCAGAAUCUUUCGAUUUACGGCCUCCAAAUCUUUAUUUUUAUUUAGUCCUUUCCACCCACUAAGGAGACUAGCCAUAAAAAUUUUAAUACAUGUUAUAUUUAUUGCAUUUAUAACAUGUGUUGUUCUUGUCAACUGUGUUUUUAUGGCUUUAAACAAUCCUCCAACUGAUGGCAACACUACUGAAAUUAUUUUCACCAGCCUUUAUACAGCGGAGUUUGUAAUCAAAGUGGUAGCAAGAGGAUUUGUUUGUAAUGAAUUCACUUACCUGCGAGAUCCUUGGAAUGUCUUGGAUUUCUUUGUUUUAAUUAUGACAUAUGUAGCUUUCAAUCAAAAAUUUGGCAGCAUUUCAGCUCUCCGAAUUUUCAGGAUUCUGAGAACUUUAAAGGCAGUUUCUGUAAUCCCAGGUUUGAAAGUCAUUAUAUCCUCCCUUCUUCAGUCAGUGAAAAAACUUGCAAAUGUGAUGCUGCUGACGGUUUUCUUCUUGGCCGUGUUUGCAUUGGUUGGUCUUCAGCUCUUCAUGGGUAACCUAAGAUAUAAUUGUGUUCCCUGUUCGGAUCUUACUGAAAACCUCAACAAAACUCAUUGUUUAUUAAAGGAUAAAGAAUGGGAAGAAUCCAAAUUUGAAUUUCCUCCCAGCCUGAAAGAAACUCUCAAAAAGCAUCUGAUUUGGCAGUGCUGUUCGCUGUGGUUGCAGAUAAAGAAUAUAUUGAAGAAAAUAAUGAUAAAUCCUUUAAUGGAACUAUUUAUUACACUGUGCAUUAUAGCAAAUACCAUGCUGAUGGCAUUGGAAAAUCUUUCAUUAUCAUCAGAACAGUCUUUCAUAGUUCUGAUGUAUUUUUUGCAGGUAUUCACUGCCAUUUUUACAGCAGAAAUGGUCCUCAAGAUGAUUGCCCUGGAUCCAUAUUACUAUUUUCAGUGCUCCUGGAAUGUGUUUGACUUCACUGUGGUUAUUAUAAGCAUAAUAAACCUGUUCCUGAAAAUGCGGUCGCCAAUUUUCAGAACGCUGAGAAUCUUCAAACUUUCAAAAUUUUGGCCAGCUUUAAAUAAGCUUAUGAAAAUAAUGUUGAAAUCAGUAGGCCCACUGGGUAACCUCACCCUGGUUCUGAUAUUCACUGUAUUCAUUUUUGCCGUGGUUGGCAAGCAAGCCUUUGGGAAUUACUACAGCGCUGUUGCUGCUAACGCUAGCAUCUGCAACAACAACAGUGUGCCGAAUUGUCCUUUCCAUAAUAGUUCUGAGACGUGCCAGUUGCGUUGGCACAUGAAAGAUUUUUUACAUUCAUUCCUUAUUAUAUUCCGAAUUCUGUGCGGAGAAUGGAUUUCCACCAUGUGGGAAUGCAUGCAAGUUGCCGGGGAAGGACGGUGCAUAAUUCUGUUCAUGCUGGUCCUGGUUUUAGGAAACCUGGUGGUCCUCAACCUCUUUAUCGCUCUGCUGCUGAGUUCCUUCAGUAGCAGCGAUUCCGAAAUAGAAGCUGAUGACCACAAACCUGAGCCUGGAAAGUCUUUAGCACUGAUUCAGACGGGGCUGCGAUUUGUUAGACUUUUUCUGUGGGAUUGGUGUUGCCAUGUCUUCCUGAAGAAGCUGAGGAUAACAGGCCCAAAGAAAAAGAACGAGACAACUGCCAUUGAAAGGUCCUGUGAUUCUGAACAUAUGAAAGAGAUCUCGGAGAACUUUGCUAGAAAGGAAUCCUUCGGGAAUUGGGAUAAACUUCCGUGGGAUAGAAAGCAGGAAGAUUUCGUGACAGAUUACACGGAGAUUCCCACUAUCCCCCUGGCUGAACUGGAGACAUUAAGUGUUGAGGACAGUGACCUUUGUACCCUGGAGAACAAUCUGCGAAAAAGGAGAGAAAUAGGCCAAGGCCAAAAUCGAAGACUUUCUUCUCAAGUUUCUGAAACUACAAGUAUUUGGUCUUUGGAAGUUCCCAAGAGAUCAGAUUAUGAUACAAGCUGUUCAGAAAUCAGCACAGUGGAUCAGAGAUCUCCUAUCCUUCACAUGCCUGAGAUCAAGAAGGAACCUCAGGACUGUUUCCCACAAGUCUUCAUGAAAUUGUUUCCAUGCUGCAGAGUGAAUACAGAUAAAUUUCCAGGCAACACUUGGUGGAGAUUUAGAAAAACCUGCUACAAAAUUAUCAAACAUAAUUGGUUUGAAUCCUUCAUUAUAUUCAUGAUAUUAUUGAGUAGUGGUGCUUUGAUCUUUGAAGACAUUUAUCUCGCUAAAAGAAAGGUCAUAAAAAAAAUUCUCAAGUAUGCCGAUGUAUUCUUUUUCUGUAUCUUUUUCCUGGAGAUGCUUCUCAAAUGGGUGGCCUAUGGCUUUACAAAAUAUUUUACUGAUGGCUGGUGUAUUCUUGAUUUCUUUAUUGUGUGUGUGAGUACCAUAUAUUUUCUUGUUGGGCCCAUUGCUUGUGACAGUAAUAUCUCCACAAAAUCUCUAAGAACAUUGAGGGCCCUCAGACCUCUUCGAGCACUGUCUAGAUUUAAAGGAAUAAAGGUUGUUGUGAAUGCCUUGGCUGGCGCUAUCCCUUCCAUUGGAAAUGUGCUUCUUGUCUGCAUUGUACUUUGGCUCCCAUUUAACAUCUUAGGAGUGCAACUGUUUGGAGGGAAAUUUUCAUGUUGGGACGUUGAAAAUGAGAACAGUUGCAUUAAUAUGACCAUCAACUUUAAUCAUGUUGGGAAUGGGUACCUGGCACUCCUCCAAGUGGCAACAUUUAAAGGCUGGAUGGACAUUAUGUAUGCCGCGGUAGAUUCAGCUAGUGACAAUUCCACCCAGCCAUGUUUUGAAAACAACGUAUAUUCAUACAUUUACUUUGUGGUUUUUAUUAUAUUUGGAUCCUUCUUCAUGCUGAACCUCUUUAUUGGUGUGGUUAUCGACAAUUUUAACCAGCAAAGAAAAAAGAUAAGUGGAGAACUCAUCUUUUUGUCAGAGGAUCAAAAGAAAUAUUAUAAUGCACUAAAAAAGCUUGGUACCAAGAAACCACAUAAGACUAUUCCACGACCUCUGAACCAGUUCCAAGGAUUUCUUUUUGAUAUCGUAAACAAGCAAGCAUUCGAACUGUUCAUCAUCAGUCUUAUCUUCUUAAACGUGGUGGUCAUGGCCGUGGAAUAUGAAGGUCAAGAUGUGGCUGCUGAUCAACUUCUUGAAAAGAUCAACUUUGUCUUUGUUGCCCUCUUCACUGGCGAGUGUGUAAUGAAGCUGUUGGCUCUGAGGCUUUAUUUCUUCAAAGACUCCUGGAACAUAUUUGAUUUGGUGGUCGUCAUUCUUUCCAUCAUUAGCCUUGCAGCAACCCAGCUUUGGCGACGCCUCAAUUUCCCGCCGACAAUCUUGCGUGUCAUUCGAGUGGUCCGUAUCAGUCGCCUCCUGAGGCUGAUCCGAGGUGCGAGAGGACUGCGCACCCUGCUUUUUGCUCUGCUGAUGUCCCUCCCCGCCCUCACCAACAUCGGGCUCCUCCUCUUCCUGAUCAUGUUCAUCUACGCUAUAUUUGGCAUGGCUAAUUUCUCCUGCGCCAGUUGGGUCCAAGGGAUUGACGAUAUUUUCAACUUCCAGACGUUCGGCAACAGCAUGCUCUGCCUCUUCCAGAUGACAACCUCCGCCGGCUGGGAUGAGCUUCUGGGGCCAAUGCUCCUCCACCAGGACAACUAUAAGUGUGCUCCGAACAUCAAAUCCACCCCACAGAAGAGCCCCUGUGUCAACAACAAGGUGGCCAUUGCCUAUUUUGUCAGCUACAUCAUUAUUUCAUUUCUGAUUGUAGUCAACAUGUACAUUGCUGUCAUCAUCGAGAAUUUGAACGUUGCCACCGAAGAGAGCACAGAGCCACUAGGGGACGAUGACUUUGAAAUCUUUUAUGAGAUCUGGGCAAAAUUCGACCCCAAAGCGACCCAGUUUAUCUCUUACUCAGCACUCUCCAACUUUGCAGAUGCCCUGGAAGAACCUUUACGAAUACCGAAACCAAAUAGCCAUCAGUUGUUGUCCAUGGACCUUCCGAUAGUCAAUGGGAGUAAAAUCCACUGUUUGGAUAUUUUGUUUGCUUUUACCAAAAGGGUGCUGGGAGAAUCUGGAGAAAUGGACUCGUUUGAGUCCCAAAUAGAAGAAAAAUAUCCGGAGAAGAUUGCCUAUGAGCCAAUUGUGACAACUCCCAAGAGAAAGCAGGAUGAGUCUGCUGUCAUAAUUCAAAGAGCUUUUCGGAUGCAUCUCCUCCAGCACGCAGGAAAGGAAGCGCCUCAGGAACCCUAUGUGACUAUCUCCUUGGAGAAUAUUCCAGAAGAGGAAAACUUAUCGGUGUUCAGUCUGAGUGAAAAUGAAGGCAGCCAGUCCAGUAAUUCUCAGAACUCGUCUUCGGUGGUCAUUCCUCCAUCCUACAGUAAUGCGACUAGCAUCACUCCUGACAUUCAGCAGGAGGGGUCCUCUGGCCAUAAGGGUGAUACAAAGUGA